AUGUUCGCGGAAAUCCCAUCAAUACCCUCCCGUGUCCCCACCAGUCGCUCGUCCCAGAGACGUGUUCCUCCUGAGGACUCCACCUUCCAGCGGCUCUCGGUGCGCCUGUUGCAGGAGUGCCCUCAGUUGCUGCCGGUGGAGGAGAUCCUGGUCCCUGUCGGGGUGGUGAAGCCCAUCACGCUGAGGGCCCAGAACCUUCCUCAGCCCCAAUCGGGCCAGCGGGGCUACGAGUGCCUGCUCACCAUCCAGGGGGUGGAGCAGAGGGUGCCCGCCCUGCGCUUCAACAGCUCCAGCGUGCAGUGUCAGAACACGUCGUACUCGUAUGAUGGGAUGGACAUGAGCAGCCUGCCGGUGGACCUGACUGUCGUCUGGAACGGAGACUUCAGCAUCGACAACCCUGCCGAGAACAAAGUCCACCUGUACAAGUGUGCGGCCCAGCGUGGCAGCUGUGGCCUGUGUCUGAAGGCCAACCCCCAGUACGGCUGUGUGUGGUGCAAGGGAGAGAGCCGCUGCACCCUCAAGCAGCACUGCCCCCACCCAGAGAGCCAGUGGCCCAAACACAACCCCAGGUGCACCCACCCUCGCAUCACCCAGAUCACCCCCCUGCGCGGGCCUCGAGGGGGCACCCUGGUCACCAUCCGGGGGGAGAACCUGGGUCUGGACUUCCAGGAGAUCCAGGGGAACGUGAGGGUGGCCCAGGUGGACUGCACCCCCAUCCCCGAGGGGUACAUCCCUGCGGAGCAGAUCGUGUGUGAGAUGGGCAAAGCAGAGUCCAGCCAGUUUGCAGGCAACAUCCAGGUGUGUGUCGGGGUUGGAGAGUGCAAACCCGAGUUCAUGGCCAAGUCUACCAAGUACUACUACUUUGUGAUUCCUCGGCUGCACCAGCUGAAGCCAAGUCGAGGGCCCCGUUUCGGGGGAACCAUCGUCAACAUCACCGAGCAUUUAGACGCCGGGAGCAACGUGUCCAUCAUGUUCAAAGACCAGAAGUGUGCAUAUCACAGACGCGGAGGUCAGUGGAUCACGUGUCGCUCGCAGGCCUCUCUGCACGGGUACGAGGUGCCUGUCUCGGUGAGCGUGGACAAGGCUGUUCUCCCAGCCAGGGACCUGAAGUUCGAGUACGUAGAGGACCCCACCAUCACCAAGCUGGAGCCAGAGUGGAGCAUCUUCAGCGGACACACACCUGUGACGGUGACCGGAACCAACCUGGACAUCAUCCAGAACCCCCUCAUCAGGGCCAAGUACAAAGAUCACGACACAGUCAACACGUGUGAGGUCCUGAGCCCCACCAGCAUGCUCUGCCAGGCCCCGCCCCUUCCUGUCCACCUGGGCCGUCAGCGCGAGGUCCCGGAGCGGCCGGAUGAGUUUGGCUUCAUCCUGGAUGACGUGGAGGCGGUGCUUGCCCUCAACACCAGCAGCUUCAUCUACUACCCCAACCCCGAGUUUGAGGCCCUCAGCGUGUCCGGGGUCCUGGAGCUCAAGCCUGGCUCGCCCAUCAUCCUCAAGGGGCGGAACUUCCUGCCGUCCACCAAUAGCGGGAACGGCAAGCUGAACUACACGGUUCUGAUUGGAGAGAAGCCCUGUAUGUUGACGGUGUCCGACACACAGCUGCUGUGUGAGGUCCCCAACCUGACCGGCCGCAGGAAGGUCCUGGCCCGUGUGGGGGGAAUAGAGUACUCCCCCGGCGUGGUCCACAUCACGUCUGACAGCCCUCUGAGCAGCACGGCCAUCAUCGGCAUCGCCGCGGCCGGCGCCCUCCUCAUCCUCUUCAUCGUGGUGGUGCUCAUCGCCUACAAGCGCAAGUCUCGCGAGAGCGACCUGACACUUAAGAGGCUGCAGAUGCAGAUGGACAACCUGGAGUCGCGGGUCGCGCUGGAGUGCAAGGAGGCAUUCGCAGAGCUCCAGACCGACAUCCACGAGCUGACCAGCGACCUGGACGGAGCAGGUAUCCCCUUCCUGGACUACCGCACCUACACCAUGAGGGUCCUGUUCCCCGGCAUCGAGGAGCACCCUGUCCUCAGAGACCUGGAGGUCCCGGGCUACAGGCAGGAGCAGGUGGAGAAGGGGCUGAAGUUGUUCGGCCAGCUCAUCAACAACAAGGUGUUCCUGCUGUCCUUCAUCCGCACCCUGGAGGCCCAGCAAGGGUUCUCCAUGCGUGACCGCGGCAACGUGGCCUCGCUCAUCAUGACCGUGCUGCAGAGCAAGCUGGAGUACGCCACAGACGUCCUCAAGCACCUCCUCUCAGACCUGAUCGACCGCAACCUGGAGAGCAAGAAUCACCCCAAGCUGCUGCUGCGCAGGACGGAGUCUGUAGCAGAGAAAAUGCUGACCAACUGGUUCACUUUCCUGCUGUAUAAGUUCCUUAAGGAGUGCGCUGGAGAGCCUCUGUUCUCCCUCUUCUGCGCCAUCAAGCAGCAGAUGGAGAAAGGCCCUAUCGACUCCAUCACGGGCGAGGCCCGCUACUCCCUCAGCGAGGACAAGCUCAUCAGACAGCAAAUCGACUACAAGACUCUGGUGGUGAACUGCAUCCACCCCGAGAACGAGAAGAGCCCGGAGAUCCAGGUGAAGGUGCUGAACUGCGACACCAUCAGCCAGGUGAAGGAGAAGAUCCUGGACGCCAUCUACAAGAACGUCCCUCACUCCCACCGGCAGAAGGCCUCCGACAUGGACCUGGAGUGGCGUCAGGACCGAGGCCAGCGCAUGAUCCUGCAGGACGAGGACGUGACCACCAAGAUCGAGAGCGACUGGAAGAGACUCAACAUGCUGGCUCACUACCAGGUGCCUGAUAACUCAGUGGUGGCCUUGGUCCCCAAGCAGGUGACAGCCUACAAUUCCGUCAACAACUCUACUGUGUCCAGAACCUCCGCCAGCAAAUACGAGAACAUGAUCAAGUACACAGGCAGCCCAGACAGCCUGCGCUCUCGCACUCCCAUGAUCACCCCCGACUUGGAGAGCGGGGUGAAGGUGUGGCACCUGGUGAAGAACCACGAGCACGGCGACCAGAAGGAGGGCGACCGCGGAAGCAAGAUGGUGUCCGAGAUCUACCUGACCCGGCUGUUAGCCACCAAGGGCACGUUACAGAAGUUUGUGGAUGACCUGUUUGAGACCAUCUUCAGCACGGCACACCGGGGCAGCGCCCUCCCGCUCGCCAUCAAGUACAUGUUCGACUUCCUGGACGAGCAGGCGGACAAACACAGCAUCCACGACCCGCACGUGAGGCACACCUGGAAGAGCAACUGCCUACCUCUGAGGUUCUGGGUGAACGUGAUCAAGAACCCCCAGUUUGUGUUCGACAUCCACAAGAGCAGCAUCACGGACGCCUGUCUGUCAGUGGUGGCCCAGACCUUCAUGGACUCCUGCUCCACCUCGGAGCACCGCCUGGGGAAGGACUCGCCCUCCAACAAGCUGCUCUACGCCAAGGACAUCCCCAGCUACAAGAGCUGGGUGGAGAGGUACUACUCAGACAUCAACAAGAUGCCGGCCAUCAGCGACCAGGAUAUGAACGCCUACCUAGCAGAGCAGUCACGUAUGCACAUGAUCGAGUUCAACAGCAUGAGCUCUCUCAGCGAGAUCUACUCCUACGUGGGCAAAUACGCCGAAGAGAUUGUGUGCGCGCUGGAGCAGGACGAUGCUACCAGGAAACUGGCCUUCAAGCUGGAGCAGGUGGUCGCCUUUAUGAGUUUGGAGAGCUGAGGACUGCAUUUCCCAGGAUGCACUGGGAGACCCCAUCAGAAACCGAGCCGUGCCUGAGCGAAGACCUGUCCAUCAUCAUAACACUUCCUGUCCCGGUCUUUUUCUUCUUCUCUUUUUUUUUCUUCUUCUUCUUCUUCAAAGAGGACUUCCUGUAGUUUGACCUUCUGCUUCCUCCUGAUCGGGUGUUAGGUUUCUCAUCCGCUCUGCUGCAUAGACUAGAGAGGCUGUGGAGCUAGGCACUGCAUAUCCCACAAUGCAAUGGGGGGGUGGGGGGUUUCUCAACUCAGCUGUGGUGGAGGAGACUGAAGGGAUACUGGCAUCCUUUCGAUUCUCCCUUUUCCAGGGAGAGAAAAAAAAACUUUCAUUUAUGUUGCCUUCAAGAAUACUGCUGAUAGUAAAGUCUUUGAAAACCACAAAGACUGUUAAUGAAUAGGAUAGAAACUAAAGUACUAGAGUCCAGUUCAAUGUAGUGCUACAAUAUAUACGAUAUCACGACAGAAUGGAAAACUAAAAAAAACAAACAAAAAAAUGUAAUGAGGACCGCAAACCAAAUGACCACCUCUAACAACAAGGAAAGGUUUUCCAAGUUUACACUGUUCCUAGGAGUAAACCAUACAUAUCUGAGGGUUGAGAGUUUUUCAUCAGUUCCAUUGUUCUCUCAACGUAGCUGGAAGUGUAUCAUUGAGACACUAGUAGUGGCUUGAGGGGAUUUCGAGCUACUUGAAGCUUACUUUUAUGGAUACACAACUGACUUUGAAAUCUAGAAAACAUACCACUCCUUCUCUUUUCGUGCAACAUCGAUGCAAUCCUCCCCACACACCUUCCAGAAAUCCUAGAGAAAAGAAGAAAAGAUAAAAAAGUUCGUAUUAUUCUGCAUCAUCUGGCUUCCUUUCGUGGUACUGCUAAAUUAAGAUCUGAGGACAGAACGGAGGUCACUUCCUGUAUCGGACCCCUCCGUGACAAGCACACAACCAACCUUUGACCACAGUGACCCGGCCGCAGAGUGACCCCCAGGAGUGGUCUGACUUCAGCCUGGGCCGAGCCACUUCGACGGUCAACAAAAGCACAGACGACUCCAGGAUUACUGCUGUCCAGAGUCCAGAGAGGACCUGCUCCAGACACGACCUGACCAGAUAAACGAGGGGUAGUUGAUGGACUGAACUGAGAGGGUGACAGCCUAAGUGCAGUCUUCCUUCAGAUCCCAGGUUUUUAAAGAUUGUGGGCCUUCUCCCUGGGCAGGUCACACUGGGAGACUGUUGUUCAUUCACUGGAGCUUCUACGAGACUUUCAGGUGGAAGGAAUCAAAAAGAUUGACUUGACUGGUCAGCCGAAAAACCAAAGGAUUGCGAGAAUUGGGAGCGAAAACGUACUUGAAAAAAGUGCCACAAAGGAAAGGAAAAUGACACAAACUCCCUGGAUUUAAUGAACGAAAAAUGUUCCAGCUCCGCACACACACACACAUGAUUAUCCGAACUCAAACCCCUGGUGAUUUCUGACCUCAAAGUGUCGAGGGCCGAGAGAAUAGUCCAUCACUCUCUCUCCCCCCCCCCCCCCCGCCCCAGCCCUCGACACACCCUUAUCCCUUUCCCAACCCUCCUCUCUGGCCUUCGACACACCCUUACCCCCCACCCCCCCUCUAGCCCUUGACACACCCUUACCCCCCCUCUCUCCCACCCCCUCUCUCUGGCCUUCGACACACCCUUACUCCGUUUCUGUCCCGUUGCUUGUCCCUGUUGACUUCAGUUGUUGUUUUUGCACAGCGAGUGGAGACGACCAGGUGGAUCCCAAACCGCGAGUGCGUCGCUGCAGCCGCGCUCCUGUCUGUUUUUAGGGUAGACGUCCUCUGCGGGCGGCCAUCUCCGAGCCUCAAAAAGAGUGAUAGAAAUUAGAAAAACAAGUUAGUCUGCGUCACCAGACGCCCUGGAAGAGCAGACACGUGGAUGUGAAUCCCUCGCUAGGAGGGAGAGAGAGACAAUGGAGCCACCCUUCUUUCCUUUGACCUCUGACCUUUCUUUUGCCUUGACAACGUACCCCAUGUGGUGAUGUGAAUGUGUGAAGACUACCCUGGGUCCACCUUGGGUCUUUAUCGGCUUUUUAAGCGCAUGUAAACUUAAAUUUAAAAAAUAAAACUUGAGAAAAAAAAAAUGGAAAAACGAGAAAAUUAAGCCUUGCAAUGAUGACGUGGAUUGUGUUCUAUUCUUUCUUUUGCUUGGGAGAAUCAAGACGGAAAAAGGUGAUUGUUUCAUUGUUAAAACUAUAACUUCCGUUAAGGUGGAACCUUUAUCCUGUUCGCGCCAUGUGAAAACCUCAUUACCAUGUUUUGUGAAAGUGUUAGAUGCUAUUAAGAAUAAAGUGGUACCUUAAAAACAGAUAUAUUAUA